CCAGGCCCGGCCGCGGCUCCGUGCGGCCCGGGGCUUCACUCAUCCUGCUCCUCCUACACCCCAACAUCCACAUCAUCAUCAUCGUCGUCGUCGUCAUCAUCCCUCCUCCUCCAUCCUCAUCUUGCGCUGCUCUUCAUCAUCUUCGUCGUCAUCUUCAUCAUCAUCCCACUCGCUCCAUCUCCUCCUCCUCCUCGUCGCUCGCCCCGGGCCAUGGCGCUGCGCGGCCUCCGCUCCGUGCCGGCGGCUCCGGCCGGGAGAGGAGCGGAGUGAGAGGGCGUCUCUCCCGGGGGGCUGCCUCCUGCCCCCCCCGCUUCUAGGACUCUCUCCUCCGACUCCCAGGGACCCCCCCCCCCCAGCUCCAAUCACCUCCCCUCGUCUCUCCCGGGGGGUGUACCCCCUUUCUUAGCCCUGGUCUCUACCCCCCUCGCCCCGGGGUCUCCCCGCCGCGCCUCUGGGGCCGUGGAAGAUGCCGGACGCCAAGGUGACGGUGGCCGUCAGAGUGAGGCCCAUGAGCAAGAGAGAGCGGGACCUCAACACCCGCUGCGUGGUGGACAUGGAUGACAACCAGACCGUGCUCUACCCUCCCGACAGCGGCGGCAGCGGUGGCGGCGUCAAGGCGGACGGGAGAAAACAACCUAAGGUGUUUGCGUUUGACCACUGCUUCUGGUCCAUGGAUGAGCGCAACAAAGGCAAAUACGCAGGACAAGAGGUCGUGUUCCACGCUCUGGGUGAUGGGAUCCUUGACAACGCCUUCCAGGGAUACAACGCGUGCAUAUUCGCCUAUGGGCAAACUGGCUCGGGGAAGUCCUACUCCAUGAUGGGGUCGGCCGAGCAGCCGGGGCUGACGCCGCGGCUGUGCGGGGCGCUGUUCGAGCGCGUGUCCCGGCUGUCACGCGACGACCACUCCUUCAAGGUGGAGGUGUCCUACAUGGAGAUCUACAACGAGAAGGUCCGCGACCUGCUCGACCCCAAGGGCGGCCGCCAAUCCCUGAAGGUGCGCGAGCACAAGCUGCUGGGCCCCUACGUGGACGGCCUGUCGCAGCUCGCCGUGCGCACCUUCCAGGACAUCGACUCGCUGAUGUCGGAGGGGAACAAGUCGAGGACGGUGGCGGCGACGAACAUGAACGAGGAGAGCAGCCGCUCGCACGCCGUGUUCACCAUCACGCUCACCCAGACGCUCACCGACCUCGCCUCGGGGACGUCGGGUGAGAAGGUGAGCCGGCUGAGCCUGGUGGACUUGGCCGGGAGCGAGCGAGCCUCCAAGACGGGGGCGGCCGGCGACCGUCUCAAAGAGGGCAGCAACAUCAACAAGUCCUUGUCCACGUUGGGCCUGGUCAUCUCAGCCCUGGCCGAUCAGGCAGCCGGGAAGAACAAGAACAAGUUCGUGCCGUACCGCGAUUCGGCACUCACCUGGCUACUCAAGGACAACCUGGGCGGGAACAGCCGCACGGCGAUGGUGGCCACGGUGAGCCCCGCCGCGGACAACUACGAGGAGACGCUGUCGACGCUGCGCUACGCCGACCGCGCCAAGCGCAUCGUGAACCACGCCGUCGUCAACGAGGACCCCAACGCACGCAUCAUCCGCGAGCUGCGCGACGAGGUGGACAAGCUGAGGAGCCAGCUCAACCAGGCCGAGUCUCUGAUGGCCCCCGAGCUGCAGGAGCGGCUGCAGCAGAGCGAGAAGCUGAUCCAGGAGAUGACGCUCACCUGGGAGCAGAAACUCCGCAAGACCGAGGAGAUCGCGCAGGAGAGGCAGAAGCAGCUGGAGAGCAUGGGCAUCUCGCUGGAGUCGUCCGGCAUCAAGGUGGGCGAGGACAAGAGCUUCCUCGUGAACCUCAACGCCGACCCGGCCCUGAACGAGCUGCUCGUCUACUACCUGAAGGAGCGCACGGCCGUCGGCGCCGCCGACUCGCAGGACGUGCAGCUGUGCGGCAUCGGCAUCCUGCCCGAGCACUGCACCAUCACCAUGGCGCCCGACGGCGACAUCACCCUCCAGCCGUUCCAGGGGGCACGCACGUGCGUGAACGGGGCGGUUGUGACGAGCGCGACGCCGCUGUGGCACGGAGACCGCAUCCUUUGGGGGAACAACCACUUCUUCAGAAUAAACCUUCCCGGGCACAAGCGGCGGACGCGCGCGCGGGACGGCGGGGGGGCGGACGCGCCGGAGGCGUCCGACUGGGAGAGCGGCAGCGUGGGCGGCUCCCCGGGCAGCGAGGUCUCCUCCGAGUACGACUGCAGCUUCGAGUUCGCGCGGACCGAGGUCAUGAUGAAGGCGCUCGGCAACGACGACCCCGUCGCCAGCCUGCUGGGCUCGCUGGAGAGGCAGCACGAGCAGGAGAAGCGCUCGGCCCUGCAGCGCCAGCGCGAGCUCUACGAGCGCCAGCUCGACUCGCUGCGCCAGCAGCUGCCCCCCGAGUCGCUGUCUCCGUCGCGAGCCCCCGCCAGUGGCGCCCGCGCCACGCUGCUGUCGCCCCCGACCCCUGGGACCUCCAACCGGCUCCGACAGUGGGCGGAGGAGAGGGACCAGGUGUUCAGGCUCAGCCUGGCAAGGCUACGGGAGCAGGUGGUGCGCACCGACGCCCUGGUGCGCGAGGCGAACUUCCUCGCUGGCGAGAUGGGGAGGAACACCGAGUACCAGGUCACGCUGCAGAUCCCAGCGCACAAUCUCAGCGCCAACCGCAAGAGGGGGGGCAUGGUGAGCGAGGCGGCCGUGCAGGUGAGGAGGGAGGGGAGGGGCACGCAGGUGUGGGGCGUGGAGAAGCUGGAGAACAAGCUGGUGGACAUGCGGGAGCUGUACCAGGCGUGGCGUGAGCAGCAUCCCGCCGAGGGAGCCGGCUGGGGCCGUCAAGCCGACCCGUUUUUCGAGGCCCAGGAGAACCAGAAGCUGAUCGGCGUGGCCAACGUGUUCCUGGAGUGCCUGUACCACGACGUGACGCUGCAGUAUGCGGCGCCCAUCAUCAGCCAGCAGGGCGAGGUGGCCGGGCGCCUGCACGUGGAGCUGGAGCGCGUGGGGGGGGCCGUGCCCGACCGGUUUGGGGGCGGCGAGGAGGGGGGCUCGGAGAACUCGAGCGAGAGCGGAGUGUGCGACGAGUGCGAGGGGGACGGGAGCCCCCCACGCCGCCUCAUCUGCAGGGUGAAGAUCCGCGAGGCUACGGGGCUGCCCCAGGCUCUCACCAACUUCGUCUUCUGCCAGUACUGGCUCUGGGACCACCCCGAGGCCACGGUCGUGCCGCCCGCGCUGGGCCCCGACUCGCGCUCCCCCUCCACCCCCACGGCCCCCUCGGCCCCCUCCUGUUCCGUCAAGUUCGGCCACUGCAAGGAGUUUGUGGUGAAUGUGACGGAGGACUUCCUGGAGUUCAUGAUGGACGGGGCCCUCUCCGUGGAGGUGUGGGGUCACAUGCACGGGGGUGCGGCCGGCUCGCGACCGCCCUGGGAGUUCACCACGCUGCAGGCCAAGACGCGCUCACUGCGUGACCGGUGGGGGGAGGUGACGCGCAAGCUGGAGCUGUGGGUUGAGAUUCAGGAGCUGAACGAGGAGGGGGAGUACUCGCCCGUGGAGGUGACGCAGGCCCGCGACGUGCACACGGGAGGCGUGUACCAGCUGAGACAGGGCCAGUCGCGCCGCGUGCAGGUGAGCGUGCGGGGGGUGCAGCAGUCGGGGACCCUGCCCAUCGUCCCCGAGGAGGUGCUCUCCAUCGCCGUUGGCGGCAUCACCGCCCGUUGCAGUCGCCUCCAGCGACCCCUCGACUCGUACCAGAGUGAGGAGGGAGAUCCCAAGGAGUUGGAUAGUUACCAGGAGGAGGAUCUCAGCUACCUGAGAGAGCGCUGGACCGAGGCCCUCAUGAAGCGCAAAGAGUACAUGGGCGCGCAGAUGCGGCGCGUCAUCGACAAGCCAGACAAAUGCGCCGGGGACGAGGAGCGGGAGGUGCGGCUCGUCGACCAGUGGGUGAGCCUCACCGAGGAGCGCAACGCGGUGCUCGUACCGUCUCCGGGCAGUGGCAUCCCAGGGGCGCCCGCUGACUGGACCCCCCCGCCUGGUAUGGAGAAACACAUCCCAGUGCUCUUCCUCGAUCUCAACGCGGAGGACCUGAGCUCGCAGGAGCUGUUGACCGGGCGCUACGCGGCCGGAACCAACUCCAUUCUGCCCAAAGAGCUCGGCAGCCCCUUCUACUGCCUGCCCAUCGUGCGGCACUCGGACAGCCAGGUGUGCGCCGUGGCCUCGUGGGACUCGUCGCUGCACGACUCGCCGCACCUCAACAAGAUCACCGCGGCAACGGAGCGCAUCUACCUCAUCGCCAAGGCGACCGUGCAACUGAGCCACCCCGCCGCCAUGGAGAUGGUGCUGCGCAAGCGCGUGUGCGUGUGCGUCUACAACAAGCAGAGUUUCACGCAGAGCCUCAAGCGGAGGAUGUCGUCACGGAUUAGCCAGCGCAGCACAGGGGUUACUUACGAGAUCGUGUCCAACAUUCCCACGGCGUCGGAGGAGCCCGAGGAGCGGGAGACGCUGGCGCUGAUGGCGGCGCGGGGCGGCGAGGGGGCCGGCGCGGGGGAGGAGGGGGACGAGGAGCCGUGGGGGGGAGGGGACGGCUACAUGGAGACGUACGCACGCGGGGUGCUGGGCGUGGAGAGCAUCCUGGGCCUCGACCGCCUCCGACAGGAGGUGGUCGUCAGGGAGAGUUUGGCCGCCAAGGGCCGACCCAGCCGUAGGAGUAGCAGCAGCAGCAACAUGCAGCGGCUGUCGAGUGGCAGUCGGAUGGAUCUGAGUGGCGGCUGUGAGGAGGACGACAGCAAGUUGCAGCUGCACUGGGACAGCUUCCAGGACAUUUCGAGGGCCGCGCGGGGUCACGACCCCCCCACCACGGCCGCCACGGCCGCCCCGGCCUUCGACUCCGCGCCCCCCACGGAGCCCCCUCCGCCAGCGCCACGCCCCCCGGCGCCGCCGCCGCCGCCGCCCCCGCGGCUGAUGAAGGCGCUGAUGCCGACGCGGCAGCUCCGCUUGUCGGAGCGACCCCGCGAGGCGCGGCCGCUGCUGGGGCCACAGGACCCGUGUGUGUGCGCCAUUGAACCAUGCCUCGGCAUAAGCCCUAACGACAGCCCUCCGCCCGCCUCCGACCAGCAGCUUCGGGACUCGUCCGAAUCCGAGUCCGAGGAGGAGGAGGAGGAGAACGAGCUGGGUCCUGCUACGACCAUCGCCACGUCGGGAGCCCCGGGACCCGCGGCGUCGCCCGCGCCGCCACCAAGUACUCCGCCCCCAGGAGGAGGAGGAGGAGGGGAAUUCUCUGAGUUCGUCGGCUUCUCAGCCGGCGGCGGCGGCUCGGGCGCGGCCGCCUUUGACGCGGCCGCGCUGGGAGGCCCCGCGGCGGGGCCGGCGGCCGUGUCGCGCAGCCCCACCGCCAGCAGCCUCUCCUCCAGCGGCUACUUCUCCCACAGCACGUCCAGCGCCACGCUGUGCGACGGUGCCGCGGGGGCGCCGGAGCUCGCGGGGUCGGAGGUCGCCGACCCCAGAAGAGAGGCGACCGAGGCCUCUCGAGACGACGACGAGGACGGAGGAGGAGGAGGAGGGCGUUGUUCUCGCUCCAGCAGGGAGGAUGGCCUGCCCGCGGUGCCCGAGGCGGGCACAGAGGGGAGCUGCACAUGCGACGCGCGUGACCGACCUGUGCCCUGCAGGGCAACUGGGGAGCAGCAGCAGCAGCAGGAGGGGUGCGACCACCACCACCGGCGGCGACAGCAGUGCGACGACGGAGCCCGAAGCGCCAGUAAGGACGGCGAAAACAACGUGGGAGAUUGCGACGACACGGACGCCGAGAGCGACGUCGAGGACUGUAGCGACCACGGCGACGUCGCCGAGAGAACUGAGCCGCGAGGGGAGGGGCCCCCCCUGGGGCAGGGGACCGAGGGGAAAGAGCCGGGGGACGAGGAAUGUGCGGCGGCAACGCCACCGCCGCCGCCGCCCUCCCCCGUGGCGAGGCUCCCCUCGCCUCCCCCGGCUCCCCGAGUCCACAAGAGGGCGCCGCCCGCACCGGCGGCGGCUGCGGCGAACCCCAGGAGCCGGCGCGGUGCGGCACGACCCCCCGGCACGCGGGCCCGAGGGGCGGCCGCCCCGCUCCCCGGCGGCAGCGGGGCGAGGUCCGCGGGACGAGCGGGGGACGGCGCCGGCGGCGGCGCCGAUAUCCGGCGCUCGCGGGUCACCUGAGCUCUCGCGCCGCCUCGGCCGUGCCGGUCGCCCGCCGAUUUUGCGGCGCGAGCGUGUGGAGGAGUAUUACCAAAUCAUCAAAAGGGGUUCCCCCUGGGUUGAAGGAACCACAACGGUUGAGUGUUACACCGCAAUGCCAUCAAGAGUGCUCGUACGCAGCACAGGCGGGAGGGGCGGGGGGGUGGGAAAUGCGUUUUACUACACCGUUUACCACGCGUUUUACUAUAUGUGUUUUACUCUGCGUUUUACUACACUAACAAAACUGAAGCUUUUUAAUAACGGAGGUCUCGUCGCACUGCCCGCGAGGCCCCAGCUCGCACUGCCCUG